GUCCUCGUUCUCUCUCUGCCUCCACCCCCAAUUCCCAUUGUACCUGCUUCCUCUUUCUUUCUUUCCAAAGAUAAAAUCUUUACCUUCACACACAAACCCCUUUUGGUUUCUUCCCUCAAAUUUCCAUCUGGAAUCUGGCUUCUCAGUACUUCACACCACCAUGGGUUCACUUGGAGCUUCGUGUGCUCUGUGUUGUUCUCUGUUCAUGAUAUUUUUCACUUUCAGUUUUGCUGGGGACAUAGUGCACCAUGAUAAUAUUGCUCCCAAGAGACCUGGCUGUGAGAACAACUUUGUCCUGGUUAAAGUUCCAACUUGGAUUGAUGGUGUGGAAAGCUGUGAGUAUGUUGGAGUUGGUGCAAGGUUUGGCCCUACACUGGAAUCAAAAGAAAAACGUGCUAACCAUACUAGAAUUGCAAUUGCUGAUCCUCCUGAUUGUUGUAGCCUACCUAAGAAUAAGCUCACUGGCGAGAUCAUUUUGGUGCACCGAGGACAGUGUAGUUUCACAACCAAGGCAAAUAUAGCUGAACAGGCUGGUGCUUCAGCCAUGCUGAUUAUAAAUUACCGUACAGAACUUUUCAAGAUGGUUUGUGAAGCAAAUGAAACUGAUGUGGAUAUUGGAAUACCUACUGUCAUGCUUCCACAAGAUGCUGGGGAAAACUUGGAAAAUCACAUACUAAACAACUCAGUGGUGUCUGUGCAGUUGUACUCUCCAUAUCGUCCAAUGGUUGAUGUUGCAGAAGUGUUUUUAUGGCUUAUGGCUGUUGGUAGUAUUCUCUGUGCUUCUUACUGGUCUGCCUGGACUGCGAGAGAGUCUGCCAUUGAGCAGGAGAAGCUAUUAAAGGAUGCUUCAGAUGAAUAUGUAAAUGCAGAGAAUGCUGGUUAUAGUGCUUAUGUGGAAAUCAGUACUGCAGCAGCAAUAUCAUUUGUUGUGAUUGCUUCUUGUUUCUUGGUUAUGCUUUACAAAUUCAUGGCAUCAUGGUUUGUUGAAGUUCUGGUGGUUCUAUUUUGCAUUGGUGGGGUUGAGGGACUACAAACAUGCUUGGUGGCUCUGUUAUCAUGUUUCAGAUGGUUCCAACAUGCUGCACAAAUAUUUGUGAAAGUACCCUUCUUUGGUGCUGUAUCAUAUCUGACAGUUGCUGUUACUCCCUUCUGCAUAGUGUUUGCUGUGCUUUGGGGUGUCUAUCGCCAUGUAUCAUUUGCUUGGAUUGGUCAAGAUAUUCUUGGUAUCACAUUGAUUAUUACAGUUCUUCAGAUUGUGCGGAUACCAAAUCUCAAGGUUGGAACUGUUCUUCUCAGUUGUGCCUUCCUGUAUGACAUCUUCUGGGUGUUUGUCUCUAAAUGGUGGUUCCAUGAGAGUGUCAUGAUAGUGGUAGCUCGAGGUGAUAAGAGUGGAGAAGAUGGUAUCCCCAUGUUGCUCAAGAUACCACGUUUGUUUGAUCCUUGGGGUGGCUACAGCAUCAUUGGUUUUGGUGACAUCAUCUUACCAGGGCUUCUAGUUGCGUUUUCACUAAGGUAUGAUUGGUUAGCAAAGAAGAACCUUCGAGAUGGAUACUUCUUGUGGGCAAUGACUGCUUAUGGUUUAGGACUCCUUAUCACAUACAUGGCUCUGAACUUGAUGGAUGGACAUGGUCAACCUGCUUUGCUUUAUAUAGUCCCGUUUACACUUGGAACCUUUUUGUCAUUAGGAAAGAAGAGAGGUGAACUCAAGGUACUAUGGACAAGAGGGGAACCAAAAAUACCUUGCCCUCACAUCCAAGAGGAUCAAUCAACAAACCAGUAAUCGCCAGCACAGUUAGCAUCCUAGGUGUUAGUUUACAGGAGACUUAUAGCAAAUCUUAGAAGACUGUAACAUCUGUAACUUUGUCAUAACCAAAUUUCAGCCAAAUGAUAUAUUAUAGCAUGUAUUUAAAAUCAGCCCCCGCGACUGGAGAUACCCUGCACAACUGUUAGAUGAUGGAGGACCCAUGCAAAACUGUCUACUGUAAGAAUAGAUCUUUUUUCUGAAAUAGAAGAUGGACUGGAAUGAGGAGAUUCAAGA